UUUGAAACUGUUCGGUUGCCAACACUGUUCCGUGAUUUGACAACCGGACGAAAGUGACGUGACGUGGAAAACAACAUUAAAUUAUUUGAUAAUUUUAAUAUUGUACGAUGAGUUCCUUUAGAAGAGACAAAAAGGAGGACGAAGAUGGGAGUAAUCUGUUCGGGAAUCUGGAAAAGACAACCAUAUUACAGGAGGCUAGAAAAUUCAACGAUACCACAGUAAAUCCACGAAAAUGCACCCCAAUUUUAACGAAAUUGCUGUUUCUGUUGUAUCAAGGCGAGCAAUUGACGGUCAAAGAGGCGACGGACGUUUUCUUCGCAAUGACCAAAUUGUUCCAGUCGAAAGAUGUGGUGUUACGUCGUAUGGUCUAUCUGGGUAUCAAAGAGCUGAGCUCGAUCGCCGACGACGUGAUCAUUGUCACCUCCAGUCUCACAAAAGACAUGACUGGCAAAGAGGAUAUUUAUCGUCCGGCCGCAAUCCGUGCACUUUGUUCAAUCACCGACGCGACUAUGUUGCAGGCGAUUGAACGCUACAUGAAACAAGCCAUCGUGGACAGAAAUUCAGCUGUAAGUUCCGCAGCACUCGUCAGUUCUUUGCAUCUUACGAAACUGGCACCAGACGUGGUGAAACGUUGGGUAAACGAGGCCCAGGAAGCAGUCAACAGUGACAACAUAAUGGUACAAUAUCACGCGUUGGGUUUGUUGUAUCACAUCAGAAAGACCGAUCGUUUGGCCGUUACUAAGCUGGUUGCAAAACUCACCAGAAUGUCCCUCAAGUCGCCAUAUGCAGUUUGUAUGUUGAUUCGUAUAACAGCAAAACUAUUCGAGGAAGAAGAAACUGGCAACGAGUCGCCCAUGUUUGAGUUCAUAGAGUCGUGCUUGCGCCACAAAUCGGAGAUGGUCGUUUACGAGGCGGCCCACGCAAUCGUUAACCUGAAACGAACAACCAGCAGGGAACUGGCGCCUGCCAUCAGCGUCCUCCAGUUGUUCUGCGGGUCCCCUAAACCGACAUUGAGAUUCGCGGCGGUUCGUACUUUAAACCAGGUCGCAAUUUCGCAUCCCGCCGCAGUUACCGCCUGCAAUUUGGACUUGGAAAAUCUGAUAACCGACUCCAACAGGUCCAUCGCCACCCUCGCCAUCACCACUUUAUUAAAAACGGGUGCCGAAUCCUCGGUUGAUAGAUUGAUGAAGCAAAUAGCGACGUUCGUGUCGGAAAUCAGCGACGAAUUCAAGGUUGUGGUGGUGCAAGCCAUCCGCGCCCUCGCUCUGAAGUUCCCCCGCAAGCACAGCGUGCUGAUGAACUUCCUCUCCGGUAUGUUGAGGGAAGAAGGUGGACUGGAGUACAAGGCUUCGAUCGCUGACACCAUCAUCACGAUCAUCGAGGACAAUCCGGACGCCAAAGAGACCGGACUUGCUCACUUGUGCGAGUUCAUUGAGGAUUGCGAACACGUAUCGUUGGCCGUCAGGAUUUUGCACUUAUUGGGUAAAGAAGGACCUAAGACCAAACAACCAUCUAGAUACAUCAGAUUCAUAUACAACAGAGUUAUUUUGGAGUGUCCAUCGAUUAGGGCGGCUGCUGUUUCGGCCAUGGCGCAGUUCGGCGCCUCUUGUCCCGAUUUGUUGGAGAACAUUCAAGUUUUGCUUGCCAGAUGUCAGAUGGACUCUGAUGAUGAGGUUAGAGAUCGCGCCACCUACUACAGUAACAUUUUGAACAAGCAGGACAAGAGUUUGUACAGCAACUACGUUCUGGAUACUCUUCAGGUAUCGAUUCCGUCUCUUGAACGUUACUUAAGGGAUUAUACGCAAGGUUCAACUGAACAACCAUUUGAUAUUAGAUCAGUACCACUUGCAGCCGUUCCAACAACCGAAGAAACCGACAACAACAAGCACAAAUCCGAAGGCAUGCUUAUCAGUACUGGACCAACAAAGCCUGUGCAGUCUUCUCGUCAAGUCAACUACUACGAAAAGAUUACUUCUUUGCCAGGCAUCAUUGAGUUGGGUCCUUUAUUCAAAACUUCCGAAGUUGUUGAACUCACAGAAUCUGAAACUGAAUAUUUCGUGCGUUGCCUGAAACACUGCUUCUCCCGUCACGUCGUUUUGCAGUUCGAUUGUCUCAACACGCUUAGCGAUCAACUAUUGGAGCAGGUGCGCAUCCAAGUUGAUCCAAGUGAGGGUUACAGGGUCGUACAAGAGUUCCCAUGCGCCAAAUUACCGUACAACGAAACCGGUACUGCUUACGUUGUUGUGGAGUUCCCUGAGGAUGAUCUGGUGGGCUCCGUCGGCACUUUUGGUGCUGUUAUGAAGUUUAUUGUUAAGGAUUGUGAUCCUGCCACUGGUCUUCCUGACACUGAUGAAGGGUAUGAUGAUGAGUACAUGCUGGAGGACUUGGAAAUAACUCUGGGAGACCAAAUUCAGAAGGUAAACAAGGCAAAUUGGCAGGUAUCUUGGGAAGAAGCCGAGAAAUCGUACGAAGAACGGGAGGACACCUAUUCCCUUAGUACUUUCAAUAGUCUGGAAGAAGCGGUGAAGAACAUUGUGCAGUAUUUGGGACUACAACCAUGCGAAAGAAGCGACAAAGUACAAGAGGGCAAAACUACACAUACAUUGUUGUUGUCUGGUGUUUACAGAGGGGGUCAUGAAGUGCUGGUUAGAGCGAAACUGGCAUUAUCUGAUGGUGUGACUAUGCAGCUCACCGUUAGGUCACCCGAAGGCGACGUGGCAGAUUUAAUAACGUCUACUGUGGGUUAAUUUUAUAGUUUAUUGUAUAUUAUAUCAUAUUAAUUUUGUGUAUUACUCCAAUUAUUACUAUUAAUAUAUAAGUUUUUAACGUUA